UAACUGAAAGGAACUGAAGUAAACAAAAUACCAAUUGACAGUCCUCUGUUUUCAGUUUUCACUUCUCUCUCUCUCUCUCUCUCUCUCUGUCUUCCAAGCACUUUUCACAGGCUUUAACACUGCCAUUGUUGUUCUCAUUUUCACUCUCUCUCGCUUCCUCUGAACCCUGUUCCACUGACCCAAACAACACAAGCUACCCAACAAUGGCAACAGCAUAGCACAACAGAAUCUUCAAUUUCACAGCAAAAAAUGGUGGUGGAAGACCAUAACAACAACAGCAAUGGAUGGCCACCAACUGGAGCUCCACUGAACUUGCAAAGAGAUGAACAUUGGAGCAGCUUUGACAGCUCAGUCAAUGCAGUCUCCUUCGGGUUCGUUGCUACUGCCAUUCUCAUCUCCAUGUUCCUUGUCAUGGCGAUCUUUGAGAGGUUUCUUAGACCCACCUCGCCGCCGAUGUCGCCGCCCGGUCGCCGGAGCUCCGGUGACGUCGAGUCUCAGAUGGGUUUCGGUGGAAAGCUCGGUUACCCAUCACCGAAAAUGAGUGUAUAUGACAGUGGGGUUUCAGUUCUGAUGCCUGGAGAUGCGAUACCUACAUUCAUUGCACACCCUGCUCCUGCCCCGUGUUGUCCCGAGCGGAAUUCAUGGCCUUCUCAUCAGCAAAAUACAUUACCUUGUUCAACUUCCACCACCAGGCCCGUUUCCAAUGAAGUCUGAGAGAUCUGAACAUGACCAAGUUAUGCAUUUUCUGUGAAGAAUAGAUUGUUCCUGGGGUUUGCCUUCCUUCCAUUUUUACCCGGAGGAGUUCUAUAAUUUAUAACAUGUAAUGUAUAUGAUUUAGCUUAGGAAAACUGUUUGGAAAUUGAUUAUCCUCUGAAGAGCAAGAUCAAUUUAUGUUCAAAAGUGCUUUCUUAAUUCUUGUCCAUGAAGGAUGGAGCAUCUGGGAUGUUUCCUUCCUACUGUAAAUAAGUUAUCAAUACUUCUAUCAUGUCCAUGAUCAAGUCAGUAAAUCUUCUAUUAGCCUCCUCUGCUUCAAAUUUCCUAAGAUCUCUGUAUUGUGUUUUA